AUGUGGUCCACGGAUGGGCCUGGCCCCAGAGGUACACACAUCGGGAGAAGCCCCAUAGGGGCCUACAACUGCCGGCUCCCUAGCCCAGCCUCCGGCCAACUCCGCACUUCCGGGACUUGUGCCCAUUCGGUGGAGCCGACCCAGGACCUCAUCCGGGUACCUGGCUGGGGCCGGGUCUUCCGGUGGUGCCGCCCAAGCCUCUCGCCAUCUUGCCCCAGCGAGCGCCAAGAUGGGGCUGAUGCUCCUGAGCGCCUGGCUGCUGAUUGUGGAAGGGCUCCCCUUAGGCAUAUGUUGGAAGGGUCUCGGAUUAUAGGUGGCACAGAAGCUCAAGUCGGUGCUUGGCCAUGGAUAGUUAGCCUGCAGAUUCAAAGUGGCAAUCUCCUUGCUCAUAUAUGUGGAGGAAGCCUAGUGAGAGACAGGUGGGUCCUCACAGCUGCCCACUGCACUAACGAUGCUAGAGAUCCUUUAAUGUGGAGAGCUGUGAUUGGAACCAAUGAUAUAUAUAGGAACAGCCCACAGAGCAAGAAGAUAAAAAUCACAGCAAUCAUUAUCCAUCCAGACUUCAUUAUGGAUACUUUUGUGAAUGAUAUUGCACUUUUUCAUUUAAAAAAAGCUGUGAAGUAUAAUGACUACAUUCAACCUAUUUGUCUACCUUUUGGUGUUUUCCAAAAACUAGACCAAAACACAACAUGUUUUGUAAGUGGCUGGGGAAGAACAAAAGAAGAAGGUAAUGGAACCAAUGUUUUACAGGAAGCAGAAGUACAUUACAUUUCUCGAGAAUUAUGUAAUUCUGAGAGUGGUUAUGCAGGAGUAAUUCCUGAGACUUCCUUUUGUGCAGGUGAUGAAGAUGGAGCCUUUGAUACUUGCAGGGGCGAUAGCGGUGGCCCAUUAAUGUGCUACUUACCAGAAUACAAGAGGUUUUUUGUUAUGGGAAUUACCAGUUAUGGACAUGGCUGUGGCCGAAGAUAUUUUCCUGGUGUCUAUUGUGGGACAUCCUUCUACCAACAGUGGCUGACACACCAGUUCUCCCAGGCAAGCACUAGAGACACAUUUCAGGUCCUUGUACUAUUAGGGUCUAUCAUCUUUCUAGCAGCGACAUGAAGAAAUCCUGAAGACUUCGCUAUUUUUAUUUGAUAGUGUAUCCCUUUUUCUAUUCUACAUAAUGAAGCUACUUAUUCCUUUUAGCAACUAAUUUCUUACUUUAGAUUUCUCAUGUGAAUAUUAUUUAGAAAAAAACAUUAGGUAUACUAUUGUAAAUUUGGCACUUUGGCCUUCUUGAAAGAGCUUGAUGCUUUUACUUUAUAAUCAUAAUUUUCUAUUCAGAAUAUUCUCCUAGAGUUUGUGUAACAUGUUCAGUUAAAUAUGUAUUUUAUGCAAAUAAAUGAUAAUUAAGAGUUUAAUAUCAAAAUGAAAUUGUUCAAAGGAGGUCAAAUUCUGUCAAAGUAGGUUAUUUGUAACUAUGAAACUGAAACAAGGAAAACUGUUGGGAAGGCUAUUUUUUGUGGGGGAAGGUGUGUGAUAAGAGGGAAUAAGAUUGACUGGAACACAGUAUAAACAUGUGGAGACAGAAAAACGAAAUCCUUCCUAUACCACUAAAAUAAGCCAAUAAAAAGUGA